CCGUCCCUCCCACCAGCCAGCCGCGUGGGGGAGCGGCGGAGCCCCAGGCCGAGCCAUGGGCGAGGGGGAGCCCGCGAGCAUGGCCGACUACCUGAUCAGCGGGGGCACGGGCUACGUCCCCGAGGAUGGCCUCACGGCCCAGCAGCUCUUUGCCAUCGCCGACGGCCUCACGUACAACGAUUUCCUGAUCCUCCCAGGCUUCAUCGAUUUCACAGCGGAUGAAGUGGACCUGACCUCGGCGCUGACCCGCAAGAUCACCCUGAAAACGCCGCUCAUCUCCUCGCCCAUGGACACGGUCACUGAGUCGGACAUGGCGAUCGCCAUGGCGCUGAUGGGCGGCAUCGGGAUCAUCCACCACAACUGCACCCCGGAGUUCCAGGCCAACGAGGUGCGCAAGGUCAAGAAAUUUGAGCAGGGCUUCAUCACGGACCCGGUGGUGAUGAGCCCCACGCACAACGUGGGAGACGUCUUCGAGGCCAAGCUGCGGCACGGCUUCUCGGGGAUCCCCGUCACUGAAACGGGCAAGAUGGGCAGCAAGCUAGUGGGCAUUGUCACCUCGCGGGACAUUGACUUCCUCACCGAGAAGGACUAUGCCACCCACCUCAGCGAGAGUCCCACAUCAUUUCACGCACAUGCUCGCCAGGAUACCGCUUGCUCUGCAUGGGCUCUGUCACCUUGGGGAGAGCUGCCAGGCCAGGACUCCUCCCAGGGCAAUUCCGUGUAUCAGAUCGGCAUGAUCCAUUACAUCAAGCAGAAAUACCCCGAGCUGCAGGUGAUCGGUGGGAAUGUGGUGACAGCAGCACAGGCCAAGAACCUGAUUGACGCGGGGGUGGACGGCCUGCGUGUGGGCAUGGGCUGCGGCUCCAUCUGCAUCACACAGGAAGUGAUGGCGUGCGGCAGGCCCCAGGGCACAGCGGUGUACAAGGUGGCAGAGUACGCCCGCAGGUUCGGUGUGCCCGUGAUCGCCGACGGCGGCAUCCAGACCGUGGGGCAUGUGGUGAAGGCGCUGUCUCUAGGAGCCUCUACGGUGAUGAUGGGCUCCCUGCUGGCAGCCACCACGGAGGCUCCGGGCGAGUAUUUCUUCUCAGAUGGCGUGAGGCUGAAGAAGUAUCGGGGGAUGGGCUCGCUCGACGCCAUGGAGAAGAACAGCAGCAGCCAGAAGCGAUAUUUCAGUGAAGGGGAUAAGGUGAAGGUGGCGCAGGGCGUCUCCGGCUCCAUCCAGGACAAGGGCUCCAUCCAGAAGUUCGUCCCAUACCUGAUCGCGGGGAUUCAGCAUGGCUGCCAGGACAUCGGGGCCAGGAGCCUCUCCAUCCUCCGCUCCAUGAUGUACUCAGGCGAGCUGAAGUUCGAGAAGAGGACUAUGUCAGCCCAGAUCGAAGGCGGCGUCCACGGUCUCCACUCUUACGAGAAGCGGCUAUACUGACGAUGGGCUCCGAAGCAGCAGCCAGCGCGCAGCUCCCAACGUCCCUGCCCCGGUCGCCGCUCGCCACCUGUAGCCCAGCCCUCCCCUCCCAGCACCGGGACAGCGCUUCGACCUCUCCACGCAGGGAUGGAUUUGCACUACGGCCAAGAGCGUCUCACCUGCCCAGAGCCGCCUUUGGCCAGGACCUGGCCCUGACUGGACGGCAGCCAGGUUUCCCCAGCGCCUGGGGCUGGCCUGGUGCAAGGCCCUGGGAACCAGGCCCCCAGGACUGGGCAGAACGGAGAGCAGGUGCUGGAAAGAGCUGCGGGGGGGGGGGGGCAUUUCAGCACUGAGCAGUGCCCCCAGCUCCCCCCACCCCCACCCACUGCAUCUUCAUAGGCAGCCAGGACCUGCAUCCCCCCUACUCCACCUUCCCUCCACACAUCCUGCUCCGCUACACUCCCCACUGCUGCUGCUCUCCAUGGACACUGCUCCCCCAGCGCCAAUGGCGUGGCAUGUCCCCCCCGACUCCCACCAGGGCUAGUCCUGCAGUUGGGCUCGCUACUGGGCACAGGCCGGGGGGGGUGGGGGGGGGCAGCACUGCCCCUGCCCUGUUGACCCUGCAGUGGGGCAGUGACGGGAGAUCCCGGGAUCUUGCUGACAGCCCGGGCCUGGCUCCGGACCAGUAGCCCCUGGGCUUUAAGAGAUUUUAUAAACUUGUACAGGAGGCUGAGCCUUGCCUCAGCUAUUAACCCUCUGAUGCCCAGGGGCUGUCUUACCCUGCCCCCAAGGCUGUUUGUUAGUAGGGUCUAUCCAACCUGGACCAAACACUAUGGACCAGCCACCUCCCCUUCAGUCCUUGUCCUUCUCUGCAGAGCCCCCCUCCCCGCCCCCGGCAGCGGCUCUGGGGCCCCUGCAGCCUGCCCAGCCACAAGGUGACAUCCCUCUGGGACAGCAGCUGUUCUAGGGUGAGGCAGGGGGCAGGAGUGACCCCCAAAGCUGGAAUGGGGUCCUGGCCACCCCUCUGCAGCCCGCCUCAGGCUCUGCAGGGCUGGGCAGGCGUUUCCUUCACUCUGUUUCUGCCAGACGAGUUUAAAUCUCCUUUUUCUGUCACUGCAGCUACUGGUAAGUCCUGGCCUCUCCCCCUGCAGCACCGACCCCCCGUACUCGUCGGAAGGCUUUAACUUUGCACAUCUGGGGCCCAGUGUUUGUAACUGUGUACUGAAGAAUAAUAAAAUAAUGCAGCAUCGGG